AAACCAACAGGAGAGAUCAGAGUCAGAGAUUCUCAGUGGUCAGUCUUCCCAGAGUCAUCAAACAGACCUGGCCUCCAUAUUCAGUGUAUGUGGUCCUGUUAUGUACAUUUGUUUUUGUUUACCUCUAGUAAAGUUGAUCUGUCAAUAAUUUAUUUAUGUGUUAAUUAGAAAGCAUUUAGUCUCUUGCUUAACUUAUUUACUUUAUUUAUAGAAAAUUAUGACAUUUGUGAAGAACGAGCUGAAGAUGUUCAAGAGGAUUCUUAGUCCAGAACUCCCAGAAGGCUUUGAGAGUCAGAAGCAGGAUAAGGAAGUGGUGGAUGCUGAAGAUGAGAAGCAGGAGAGCAGUGCCAGAGAGGGGGCUCUGAAGAUCACACUGCACAUCCUGAGGAAAAUGAACCAGAAGGAGCUUGCUGACACACUGGAGAAAUAUUCAGAUGAGCUUGCUGUGAUUUGCCAACGUGAACUCAAAUCUAAUCUAAAGAAGAAGUUUCAAUGUGUAUUUGAGGGGAUCGCUCAACAAGGAAACCCAACACUUCUCAAUAAGAUCUACACAGAGCUCUACAUCACAGAGGGUGGAACAGGAGAGGUCAAUAAUGAACAUGAGCUGAGACCGAUUGAGACAACAACCAGAAAACAAGCAAGACCAGAGACUGCAAUCAAAUGUAACGACAUCUUCAAACCCUUAUCUGGACAAGACAAACCUAUCAGAACUGUGCUGACAAAGGGAGUCGCUGGCAUUGGAAAAACAGUCUCUGUGCAGAAGUUCAUUCUGGACUGGGCUGAAGGAAAAGCAAAUCAGGAUGUCCAAUUUGUAUUUUCAUUCCCUUUUCGGGAGCUGAAUUUGAUGAAAGAGGACAAACACACUUUCAUUGAACUUCUCAAUCACUUCUCAAUGGAAACCAAACAAUCAGGAAUCUCCAACUACAACAAGUACAAAGUUCUGUUCAUCUUUGAUGGUCUGGAUGAGUGCCGACUGCCCCUAGACUUCCAGAAGAACAAGAUCUGUUGUGACGUCACAGAGUCAACCUCAGUGGAUGUUCUGCUGACAAAUCUCAUCAAGGGAAAUCUGCUUCCCUCUGCUCUCCUCUGGAUAACUACCCGACCUGCAGCAGCCAAUAAGAUCCCUUCAGGGUGUGUUGACCAGGAGACAGAGGUACGAGGGUUCAAUGACCCACAGAAGGAGGAGUACUUCAGGAAGAGAUUCAGUGAUGAGGACCUGGCCAGCAGAAUCAUCUCGCACAUAAAGACAUCAAGGAGCCUCCACAUCAUGUGCCACAUUCCAGUCUUCUGUUGGAUUUCUGCUAUAGUCCUUGAAUACAUGCUGAAACACAAGACAGAAGAGAUGCCCAAGACUCUGACUGAGAUGUACACACACCUUGUGAUGUUUUAUACCAAACAGGAGAAUGAAAAGUAUCUUGGGAAAGAAGAGACAGGUCCACACUGGAAUAAAGAGAGCAUUCUGUCACUGGGAAAACUGGCUUUUCAACAGCUUGUGAAUGGCAAUCUGAUUUUCUAUGAAGAAGACCUGAAAGAGGCUGGCAUUGAUGUCAAUGAAACCUCAGUGUACUCAGGAUUGUGCACACAGCUCUUUAAAGAGGAAUGUGGGCUGUACCAGGAGAAGGUGUACUGCUUUGUUCAUCUGAGCGUUCAGGAGUUUCUGGCUGCUGUAUAUGUGUUCCUCUCAUUCAUCAACAACAAUGAGAAUCUAAUGGACAAACUGAGAACGACGUCCAGGAGCUUUUCUGUGAGGAUCAAACAAAGGCGUAAAGUUACUUUCUACAAGAGUGCUGUGGAUAAAGCCUUACAAAGUGAGACAGGAAACCUGGACCUGUUCCUCCGCUUCCUUCUGGGCCUCUCACUGGAGUCCAAUCAGAAGCACUUACGAGGUCUACUGACAAAGACAAGAAGCAGCUCACAGAGCCAUGAAGAAACAGUCAAGUACAUCAAGGAGAAGAUCGGGGAGAAUCCCUCUCCAGAGAGGAGCAUCAAUCUGUUCCACUGUCUGAAUGAACUGAAUGACCAUUCUCUAGUGGAGGAGAUCCAAAGCUUCCUGAGCUCAGGAAGUCUCUCAGAACCCAAACUGUCACCUGCACAGUGGUCAGCUCUGGUCUUUGUGUUGCUGACUUCAGAAAAGGAGCUGGAUGUGUUUGACCUGAAGAAAUACUCCAGAUCAGAGGAAGGUCUUCUGAGGCUGCUGCCAGUGGUCAAAGCCUCCAGAGCUGCUCUGCUGUCAGGCUGUGGAGUCACAGAGGAAGGCUGUGCUUCUCUGGUCUCAGCUCUGGAGUCAAACCCCUCACACCUGAGAGAGCUGGAUCUGAGUAACAAUGACCUGAAGGAUUCAGGAGUGAAGCUGCUCUCUGCUGGACUGGGGAAUCCCCACUGUAAACUGGAGAUUCUGAGGCUGUCAGGCUGUCUAGUCACAGAGGAAGGCUGUGCUUCUCUGGUCUCAGCUCUGAGGUCAAACCCCUCACACCUGAGAGAGCUGGACCUGAGCUACAAUCACCCAGGAGACUCAGGAGUCAGACUGCUCUCUGCUGGACUGGAGGAUCCACACUGCAGACUGGAGAAACUCAAUGUGGAACAUGGUGGAGAGAACAGAAUGAAACCUGGACUUAGAAAAUAUGUCUGUGAUCUCACACUGGACCCAAACACAGUAAACAGACGCCUCUCUCUGUCUGAGGAGAACAGAAAGGUGACAUGGAGGACAGAGGAGCAGCCGUAUCCUGAUCACCCAGAGAGAUUUGAGGGCUGUAGACAGGUGCUGUGUAGAGAGGGUCUGACUGGGCGCUGUUACUGGGAGGCAGAGUGGAGUGGAAGAGGGGCUGUUAUAGGAGUGACAUAUAAAGGAAUCAGCAGGAGAGGAGAGGUUGAGGACUGUUGUCUUGGAUCCAAUGACAAGUCCUGGAGUCUGUACUGCUCUGACAACCGUUACAGAGCCUGUCACAAUAAUAAUCACACUACCAUAGACGUCCCCUCCUCCAGCUCCCACAGAGUAGGAGUGUAUCUGGACUGGCCAGCCGGCACUCUGUCCUUCUAUCGAGCCUCCUCUGACACUACCCACCUGAUCACAUUCACCUCCACAUUCACUGAGCCCCUCUAUCCAGGGUUUAGGCUUUGGUGUUUUGGCGACUCAGUGUCCCUCUGUCAGUGAUACAC